GACAGGAAGUUCGGACGUUAGAACACAAAACAAACCCAAAGUAAAGAAGAAACAACAGGAACCGAACCGCGCCGAACCACCAGGGUAAAUGAAGCCGGACGUUAAACCGCUGAGUGAAAUGGACGCGUCUCCGUUUCCGGUUUUCAAAAGACAGGAAGAGGACACCUGGUAGAUCCAGUAUCCUGUUUUUUUGUGUCAGAACAUCCUGAGUGAUAAAGUGUGGACCAACUAUGGACACUGGUUCUGCAGAUGAAGUCUGCAGGGACCAGUUUGGUUCAUCAGGAGACCCCCCGUGUGAAGAAACAUCCAGAACCAGAACUGGACCACAGAUGGACACCACUGUACAAAUGAAGGUUUUAGAAGAACAUAAGCUCAGUCUGAGGAGCAGAUGUGAAUGUGUGGCUGAAGGAACCGAUGAAGCAGGAAGUAGAACCAGUCUAAACCAGAUCUACACUGAGCUCUACAUCACAGAGGGACAGAGUGAAGACGUUAAUACCCAACAUGAGGUGAGGACGCUGGAGAGGGUUUAUGAGAAGAUCAUCCACGACAAACCAAUCAGGUGUCGGGACAUCUUCAAAGCCCCUCCAGACCAGCAGAAACCCAGAGUGGUUCUGACCAACGGUGUCGCUGGAGUUGGAAAAACCUUCUCGGUGCUGAAGUUCACUCUGGACUGGGCCGAGGGUUUAGAAAACCAGGACAUCAGUCUGGUGGUUCUGCUGUCCUUCAGAGAGCUGAACCUGGUCUCAGAUGAGCAGUACAGUCUACUGACGCUGCUCCAUGUUUUCCAUCCAACAUUACAGAAGGUCACAGCAGAGCAGAUCAGCGUCUGCAAACUUCUGUUCAUCUUCGAUGGCCUGGAUGAAAGCAGACUGUCACUGGAUUUUAACGACUCUGAGGUGGUUUCAGACGUCACACAGAAGAAACCAGUCAACGUCCUGUUGACCAACCUCAUCAAGGGGAACCUGCUUCCAUCAGCUCUCAUCUGGAUAACUUCCAGACCUGCAGCAGCCAAUCAGAUCCCUCCUUCAUGUGUGGACAGGAUAACAGAAGUCAGAGGAUUCACCACUGAUGAGCAGAAGGAGGAGUACUUCAAGAAGAGAUCCAGUGAUGAAGAUCUGUCCAACAAAAUCAUCUCACACAUCAAGACUUCGAAAACACUCCACAUCAUGUGUCAAAUUCCACUCUUCUGCUGGAUCAGUUCUAUGGUUCUGGAGCACAUGUUGACUUCAGACCAGAGAGGAGAUCUGCCCAAGACCCUGACCAACCUGUACUCACACUUCAUCAUGGUCCAGACAAAGAGGAAGAAGGAGAAGUAUGAAAAAGGGCAUGAGACCAGUCCAGAAGAGCUGACAGAGGCUGACCGGGAAGUUCUUCUGAAGUUGGGUAGAUUGGCAUUUGAACAACUGAUGGAAGGAAACAUCAUGUUCUAUGACGAAGACCUGGAGCAGUGUGGUCUGGACGUCACAGAGGCCUUGGUUUACUCUGGAGUUUGUACAGAGAUCUUCAAAACAGAGAGAGUGAUGUUCCAGAAGACAGUCUACAGCUUUGUUCAUCUGAGCAUUCAGGAGUUUCUGGCUGCAGUCUACAUCUACCACUGUUACACCAACAGGAACUAUGAAGUACUGGAGGGGUUUCUGGAACGAUGGGACCGUAAUUCAACACUGGAGGUCUUCCUCAAAACAGCCCUGAAGAAGUCCCUCAAUAGUAAAAAUGGUCACCUGGACCUGUUCAUUCGUUUCCUUCAUGGCCUCUGUCUGGAGUCCAACCAGAGAGUUUUAGGAGAUCUACUGGGUCCAACAGAGAUCAGUUCAAAAACAAUACAGAUAGUCAUACACAACCUGAAAUCUAUGGAGCCUAUGUGUAUCUCUCCUGACAGAAACAUCAACAUCUUCCACUGUCUGACAGAGAUGAACGACCAAACUGUCCAUCAGGAGAUCCAAGAGUUUUUGAAAUCAGGGAAGAAACCACUAAAGAAAUUGUCUGAGAUCCAGUGUUCAGCUCUGGCCUACAUGCUGCAGAUGUCAGAGGAGGUUCUGGAUGAGUUGGCCCUGAAUAAGUACAACGCAUCACUUGAAGGACGACUAAGGCUUAUUCCAGCUGUGAGGAACUGCAGAAGAGCUCUGUAA